AUGUUACCUCCACGAAGCGCCGUCGGUCGAAUACCGGCUCAUGUCCGACCGACUCAUAGUCGUCCGAAUCCAAAUUUCAAUGUACAUUUCCGACCAUUCACCCACCGCACUCGCCUUCUUCUACUUUCGCCGGCGCCGGGCCGCCCUCAGCUUCCUUUCCUAUCACCUCUCGCGCCCACUCGUCCACUCCCACCACUCUCAAUCCACCUUCGACAGCAUUUCGGUCGUCUGAUUUCCACCGAAAGCCGGGAACAUUACAAGCGAAGAGCAUCACGAGGCCUCAAGAUCGGCCUAUCAGUCUGGGGAAUCCUGGUCUUGUUCUCCGCGGUCAAGCUCGGCGUCUACCAAGAAAACAUCGAACAUUCAUGGCCCACUCCACCGGAAUGGACCUGGAAGAGUCGCUGGUGCCUGCGGUCUGCGCAGGCACUGCAGAAUCCCGAGCAGAUUGGCAAGUUGAUGACCAAUUGGCCCAUGGUCGCCGGUUAUCUUCGUGAGCUGCUAGAGCGUCUGGAGAACCUGGAAGGAGAAGGGAAAGGUCUCGUGGAACAAGACGAGGGUGGAUUUUUGGUUGAAGGCAUCGGUCGCACUGGGUUCGAUAUCUCCGCAAAGAGUGAACCCUGGCGUCGCGGAUAUUUCCAGGCCCUGAUGGGAGCUGCCAAGGCCGCUGAGAACCUCGACGGCUGGUUGACUGAUCGCAAGCAGAAGAUAUCAGCGCCUGCGGAGUAUGUUGUUGGCCCCUCGAAUCCUCGCCCAAAGCCCAUGCCUGCCGGUCAGAAAAAGAUACCACGGGAAGAGGACUGUGAACCAGCAUCUCCCUCUCCGGAGAGCUUCUACAUGAAAGUCUUGACAACGAAGGGCUUUAACACAGGGCAAAAACUCGAUGCCGCCCUAGCCUACGCCGAUUGGCUUGAUUUCAAAGGUCUGGGUUCCACGGCGGGUGAUAUGUAUACGUGGGCCUUGGACAUCGCUGCCAGCGGGCUGGAGGGAGAUGCCAGCAAAAUCGUGGACUUGAAAACCGGGCUUCUCAAGAACAAUAACGGAGACCUUCCAUCAGAGAACAUUCUCCGUGUCUCCACUGCCCUUGCCGUCCACAAUGCCCGCCAAGAGAAUCUCCCUGCAGCCCUGUCCCUCUUCACAUCUGUCCUGAAAGCCCGACGCAGCCUCCCUCUGUCAUCAGAGUUCGGCACAACCCCCUCACCCCCGUCUUUCCCUGGCUCUGCAAGUGACCCAUUCACAUAUAUGUUCAAAUCACUCAAAAAUGUCCUCGUUCCCGUCGAUUACCCAGCACCUCUCCCAUCAGGCGACCAGCCUCCACGCCGCACCACAGCAUCUGCCUGCGACGAAGCAGGCCUGAUGACCUAUAUCGGCGAAAUAAUCUACGCAUCCUCAUCAAAGGAAUCAGGCCUUGCCUGGACACGCGACGCAGUCGACAUGGCCGAGUUAACGCUCCACCAACUCAGUAACUCUACUGAUCAAGCUGCCCGAACACGCUGUGCACAGUGUUUGAAGGUUGGUCUGGAGAACUGGAAAACCAUGGUUCAUUCUCUGGUUACCCGUGCCUGGCAAGAAGAGCAGCAGAGUAAGGACCAGGCUAAAAGUUCAUGGUUUGGCGGCGAACGGCGUGCAGAGGCUAAGUCUCUCGAUCGUAGACGUUGGGAGGCUGAGAACGCUAUUUUGGAGGACCGGAUUCGGCGCCUCUUCCCUCUCCUUGAGGGCGAGUCAGGGCUGGAUCUCGUCGCCCCAAAUAGUUCUUUGUUUGUCUAG